UUUUUUCUUCUCGGUUUAGAUUCUUUUCGUUUCGUUUAACCUUUUAGUUUUUAUUAAAAUUUAUUUAUUAUUUUUAUGUUAAAAUCAAUAAAAUUAGUUGCAACAAGUUCAUGAUAUUGUGAUUAAAUGAAAACAAUUCGAAUAAUGGUGUUUUAUGUGAAAUGUAAACAUUAAAAAAUGUUUUGAAAAAAGUAAAGUUUCUAAUUUGUGUAAUUACUGCUGCUGAUGAUGGUGCUGGCUGGGGCUGCUCAACUUUUUUUAAUCAAUUUAUGUGUGUGAAGAAAAAUCAAGCAAAACAGCAAAGCCUCCGCCUUCUAGAAACGCGUUUUGUUGUGUCUGUGUUUUUAUUUCAUUUCAUUUCUGGCGUUGUGUAUUAUUUUUGUUUUAUUUUUUUCGUUGGUCUCACUUAAAAAAGUAAAUCUGUGUGUUUAUACUUGUUGGCUGUGGCUGGAUCGAGUGAGUGAGUGGCUGGCUGAGUUUUCGUGUUUGUUUGCUGGCUGACUGACUGACAAACUGAAUGGCUGACUGGUGGGUUAGUUAGCCAAAAUAGAAGUUUGUAGUAAUUGUGGGUAAAAAUAAAAUACUACUACCACCACUACAGCAAGAAGCUGCUCUAGCUCAGUGUAAGAAAGUGUAAGCUGCUUGUGCUACCUUUAUAUUUUGUGGCUGUUUGGUUACUACCACUUACUUCUCUUCUUAUUGCUUGCUGCUGCAGCAGCAUCAGACCGAACGAAAAACAGGAUCAAGAUUAGUUUAACCGCAAACGAAAAAAAAAAAUCAAUUUCAAGUUUACACCGCAUACAUCAUCAUCAUCAUCCAUACUACUUAAAACAAAACAAAAAACAAUAACAGCAAGAGAACAUUAUUUUCCAUCCACCACAUCCACGAAAAAUUGGAAGAAGCAACCAACAAAUUGAUAGUAUUUUCUUUUUUAAAGCUAGAGAGAGGUGCCCACUUUACUUUUUUUUUGGUGUAUAUGUAUAGUCACUCAGUCGUCUGUAUGAAGAAAAUGUUAAAUGUUUUCUUUUGUGGUCGGUCUCUAUAAAGUGCACUACGACAUCAAGUCAACAAACAGCAACAUCAACAGUAAAAGUAUUUGUGUCAGACUUGUUGGCAUAAUAUUUCAACUAUCCAUCCAUCAAUUCAUCUAUCUAACUUAUCAAAAACAACCAAACGAUUGAUCGACUCAAGCAAUAAAAUAAUCUUUUCAACCUUUUAGCUGUUCUACUACGUGCAAACUUGGUUAAUGUCUCUUAGUUCGUUUAAACUAUUCGUGUUUUCGUUAGUUUGUUUGUUUGAUCUUCUUCCUCAUCUUUGAUUGUUAAUUAAACUCUCGUCGGUCUGUGUGUCAUUGUGGAAUAAAUAUACAAGAAACUAACAAACAAACAGCAACAAUAUGUUGCGUUUUCUAAGUCGCCGUAAAGCUCGCAAUAAUUAUGCGGAUAAUUCUGCUGGUGCCAGUGGCAGUGGUAACGACCGCACAGAUGCCAGAGGUCCCUCGGUAGCAGGUGGUGGUGCCACUUCAUCUCAUAUAAAACCACAACGUAUACCAGUAAAUAAGAAUAAAAUAGAUUGUCGUGUUAUAUUACUGGAUAAUACAGAUCUAUCCAUUGAAUGUUCGAAAAAAGCAAUGGGCGGUUUUCUAUACGAACAAGUAUUUUAUAAUUUGGAUAUUAUAGAAAAAGAUUAUUUUGGUUUGCAAUUUAUGGAUGCCAAUCAUGUUAAACAUUGGCUGGAUCCUACAAAACCCAUUAAAAAACAAGUUAAAAUUGGUCCACCUUAUACAUUUCGUUUAAAAGUGAAAUUUUACUCCUCCGAACCAAAUACUCUGCGUGAAGAAUUAACACGUUAUUUGUUCUUUUUGCAAUUGAAACAUGAUUUACUAGAGGGUCGUUUAGAUUGUCCCGAUGAUAAGGCCACCGAAUUGUGUGCCUUGGCUUUGCAAUCUGAAUUGGGAGAUUAUGAUGAACAUGUUCAUACAGCGGCUACUGUUUCUGAAUUUCGUUUUGUACCCGAACAAACUGAGGAAUUAGAAAUCGAUAUUUUAGAGGAAUACAAAACCUGUCGCGGUUUAACCCCGGCUCAAGCUGAAACAGCAUUUUUGAAUAAAGCCAAAUGGCUGGAUAUGUAUGGUGUUGAUAUGCAUACAGUUUUAGGCAAAGACGGCUGCGAAUACCAUUUAGGCUUGACACCAACUGGCAUUUUAGUUUUUGAGCGUGAUCAAAAAAUAGGCCUAUUCUUUUGGCCAAAAAUAAGUAAACUCGAUUUUAAAAAGAAGAAAUUAACACUCAUUGUCAUUGAAGACGACGAUGAGGGUCGUGAACAAGAACAUACAUUUGUUUUUCGCCUAUACAAUGAAAAGGCCUGCAAACAUUUAUGGAAAUGUGCUGUGGAACAUCAUACCUUCUUCCGUUUAAGAGCACCUGUUAAGGGUCCUUCGGCUCGUCAGAACUUCUUUCGCAUGGGUUCACGUUUUCGCUAUUCUGGACGCACAGAAUUCCAGGCCACCGUGCAAAGUCGUGCCCGGCGUACAGUGCAAUUUGAGCGUAGACCAUCACAGCGUUUCGCCAGUCGUCAAUCGCAUUUGUUGCGUGAACGACAAAAGGCCUCCCAAGAGAAUGCAGCCUCUGCUUUGGCUUCUGUUAAUGCAAGAGCUGCGGCAGCUGCAGCAGCAGCGGCCAACCCCUCAACAGCUCAAACGGCUGAAAACUUAAAUACAACUGUAGAUUCGAUAUUAUCCAGUGGCUCUGUUGAUAAUCAGCCCACAAUAAAUACAAUAACGCCUUCUCCCUCCAUACAGACGGUCAUACACAAUACGUCUGCUGUCUACGAUGAUGCCAUAUGUGGUAGUUCUGUGCAUUCGGGUUCUCAGCAAAAUGCAUGCGCUUCAUUAGGCCGCAAUUCGAUUAGAUCGAAUUCGAGCACUGAUGAUCCUGCUUAUAGUAAAAUUGGUUCUUUUGGUAAAGCUGGUCUAACUGUGAAAUUGGAUACUGAAUGUGCUGGUGCUAGUAGUAUUGCUCCCUAUUCACCUAAUAAUACUAAGAAUUUCGAAGAAACCAAUCCAUUCCGUAACAAUGCUUCGCAUAAUAGUUCAUUUGGCAAAGCCUCUAUACAUUCAGGUCUAAGGGUCACAAUUAAUAAAACCUUUGAUAUGGAUCAUAAUACGGAGACCCUUAAACGUUUAUCGAAUUCAGAGAAACCCAAUAAUCAAGUGAAAAUGGCUAAUGUUGGAGCGGGUGCUUUACCACCGGGUCAUAUUAAGUGUAAUAUAUUAAAAGCACGGGUCGAGGAAGAGCUUGGAGCGAACACGAAUGCCAAGUUAACGAAUCAAAUGUUUGUGCCGGCAGCAACUUCAGUGAAUAGCACUAACAACAAUAACAACAUUACAACGAACAAUCUACAAAAUACAACAACAACAAUCCACCAUAGUGACGGGCCAGACUCACUCAAUGCCACCUACAUUUCAGUUGGUGGCGAUAAAUUGACUUUGAGCAUAACAGAACAAAAACCCACAACGGCUGACCAUCAAAAUUCUGGUAAUAUAUUUGGUUUUACUAAUAAUAAUAGCACUGCAAACAGUAAUAAUAAUGGAAGUAAUACUUCGUCACCAACAUCUCCAUUUGCUAAUGCAAGUUUUAUAUCAGAAUUUGAAACAAAUACACCACCAAUACCACCCCAUCAUCAUAACUCCUCUUCCAUACAUACCAGCAAUUAUCACCACCAUCUACAUCAUCAAUCCCCACCAAACUCUCUAACCAUUAUGAAUACAAAUGCCACCAUACCAAUGUCCACCUACUCAAAUCAUAAUAACAAUAUAAGCCACGCCUCGUCCACAUUUUGCUCUUCCACCUCCGCCUCCUCUUGCUCUCCUAAAAACGCCAGCACAGCUACAAAUAAUAACAAUAAUAAUAAUAAUAAUAUCCUUAAUACAACACCAUCCACAUCUGCAAAUACCACAAAAACUACUCUUAUAAAUUCAUCUACAAUACAAUCAACUCUAAAUUCUUCUUCAACAUUGUCCAACACGUCCGCCUCAUCCAUGUCGCCGUCAUGUAAUAAAAACGAAACCACAACCUCUGCUACUCCUAUGCCACAAAAUAAACCCACAACUCCAACUUUAACCUCGACUACAGCAGAAAUGUUGAUAAAUGAAAUUUUCAUUAACAAUAUUAUCAAUAAUAAUGUGAAAGCCAGUGCGGAAAAGCAUACAAAUGGCAGAUCCGAAGUGGAUUCAUUGGGCACAUCAUCAUCCUCUGCAACGACGCAUCAAAUGUCACAAACACCCUCGGUAGGCACUUUGCUGUUUUCCACGUUGAGUGAACAGGAACGUCAGCAAAAACAACGUGAUGCCAUCAAACUACAACAGCAACAGUCCUUUAAUAAUGAUAUUAAUGAAAGUAUACACGAUAAAAAGCCACUACAAUACAAACAACAUAAUAAUCAUCAUCACCAUCAUCAUGUUAUUACAACACAAAACGAUGCAAUGGUAUCACCUUGGCUGGUAUCCUCGGAAGUUGUAUCGGCGCCCAAAGGUAAGGAACCGACGAUUAUACGAAAAUCUGUUAUAACAACCCAGUUGUAAACAGAUAUUAUGUAGUUGUAUUUUAAUUGUAAUACAUUUGUACUUUUAAAUACAUAUUAUUAUUAUUAUUAGUUAUAUUAUCUAUCUAUCUGUUUUAAUUUAAAACUAAAUUAAACACAAUCAUUUACUACUUAGUUUCUUAUUUAUUCAUGCAACUUUUAAAAUGAUCUUGAAUUUAUAAUUAUUAUUAUUAUGUACUUUAUUUCUACAUAUAAAUAUUUAUGUUAUAAAUCUAAUUUAAUUCUAUAAUAAUAUACUUAAAGAGUAUAUAAAAUUAACCAUAUAAAAAGACAAUGAAGAACGCAACGCAACUUUAAAAAAGUUAUAUUAUUUAUUUAAUAAGUGCCUUGAAUAUAUGUAUAACAAUAUUAAAACAUAAAGAAAUGUUUAUGCAGCUAUAUUUAAUUAUAAUAACUACUUAAUUUAAGUACUUAAAAACAUACAAUACUUAACGUCCCAAAUUUACAAAAUCCUUAAAAGACUUGAAAAAGAAAAUCCCACAAAAAAAAACAAAUUAUUUUAAAGAAGAACAUGAAACCAUCGUUUAAAAGGCAUUUAUUUGUAUUUAUUAUUACAUUCCUCGUCAUUUAUAAAUUAUAAUAGUAUGUAUAAUUAUAAUUUUUGUUCGAUUCCUUCCAAUUAAUUUUCAUAAGUAGUUAAUAUUUUUGAAACAAGUUUAAAACAAAUCUGUUGUUUUGUCCAUUUUACUUACAUAUGUAUCGUAUUUCUGUAAUUUUUUCUCAAAUUUCUACGAGUAUUUUACCUUUUUAUUUUUAAAUAUACAAUUUAAAUGUGUAACAACAGUUUAGUAUUAUUUUUAUGGCAAUUAUACAAUAAUAAAUAAAAUAUCAAACGAAAUUAAAGCAAAUAAAUAUGGCAAUUUUUUUUUUAAAAUAUUUUGCAAUAAACAACGAUAUUUUACAUACUUUUAAGUAUAUAUUAUAGUAUACAUAGUUAUUUUAUUAUUAUAAUACAAAAUUACAUAUAAAAUAUUUAAAUAAAUGAAUAAAUAAAUAAAUAUUCCCUUUUAUUAUUAUACAUAAAUAAUGAAA